UAAUUUCGCUUUUGGAUUUGGGAGCUGCUCUUGUCCUUGGUCACCCUCCAAGGGAGGCGACACUUGUGCCAUUGCUCCAGGAUCGGUGGGAAUGCUGGGAGGACCUGUGGAGAUGGCAUGCCUGCUGGAUGCUGGGCAGCAUGUGGGCAGGAGUUCUGGCCACACUGGGCAGGCAGCUGCAGCCCCCAGCUGACACAUUGCCAUUUACGGCAUGAGCUCCAUACUAUCCGUUCUGUAAAUAUGCCAGUGGAAAGGAUGCGGAUGCGGCCAUGGUUAGAAGAACAGAUAAAUGCGGAUGGUAUACCGGGCUUAAAAUGGUUAAAUAAGGAAAAGAAGAUAUUCCAAAUUCCGUGGAUGCAUGCAGCUCGUCAUGGGUGGGAUGUUGAAAAGGAUGCCCCUUUAUUCAGAAAUUGGGCAAUUCAUACGGGGAAAUAUCAACCGGGGGUAGAUAAACCAGACCCAAAGACAUGGAAGGCAAACUUCCGGUGUGCAAUGAACUCAUUGCCGGACAUAGAGGAAGUAAAAGACAAGAGUAUGAAGAAAGGAAAUAAUGCCUUCAGAGUCUACAGGAUGAUUCCAGUAGCAGAGAGACCGUCAAAAAGAGGCAAACGGACAAAGACAGAAAAGGAAGACAAAGCGAAACAAGACAAGGAUGAAACUAGCCAGACUCCUCUGUCAUCUAUGAAUCGGCCAUGUUCAUAUACCUCACAGUUAGUUUUGUGUCCAACAAUAAAGUUAGAAGUGGAUAGCACUGUAAAUAUUCUAGAUGGGUCUGCAUAUCACACAAACAUGGUAGAAGAGAUGAUUGUCACCAAUCCCCCCGAUGUUUGCCAGGUUGUGGAAGUAAUGACAGAAAGUGAGGAACAGCUGCCGCUUCGGGCACAGUAUUACCCGCUGCAGAUCUCACCAGUUUCUUCAUGCGCAGAGAGUGAAACAGACAGCGUUCCCAGUGACGAGGACAGUGUGAGUCGAUUGCAAAGUCAAAAGAUCAGUGAAAAUAAAGAAUGUGUACGGACAGCAAGCCCAAGAUCUUACUACAAUCUCCCAGGCAUGGCGACAUUUGUAACGUCUAAUAAGCCAGACCUCCAGGUCACGAUAAAGGAGGAGAAGUGCCCCAUGCCUUAUAACAGUUCCUGGCCAGUGUUUCCAGAAGGAAACCCUUUCUCACAGACAGCCAGCUCCUCCACGUUAAUCAACACUCGGAAGGACCAUGAAACCAGAGCCACCGUUAUUAAGAAAACGUCAGAUGUUACUCAGCCGAGACUCAAGACAUUCUAAGAGGACUUGUGUUAUGAGUAUAUAUUUUUUCCAUCUUUUUGUCCGUGAGAGGAAAACAAAAAGAACCAAUGAAUUGUCAUCAUAUUUAAGUACAAUUUACCUGCCUUUAAGUUGCUGUUUAAGUUAAAGUAACUCAGCAAGUUGCUGUGGAGACCUAAGAUUUUCUCAGGAUUUAAGCCUACAGAGAAAUCAGGACCAAGACCGAGCGUCACCACGACACAGGACUUGGUAUGGACUAGAGAAAUGUGAAAUUGGUAGAAUACUGUCAUUUUCGUCAAAAUAAGAAGAAAUUCUAUUGUAAAUAUGUAUAUUUUAUCCCACAGUCUAGCACAUUGGCAAUCUGCUUGUGCACCUUACAAAACAGGCACUUACACAGGAGAUGUGGUUGCACAAAUUGUACUGAGGUCCCACAGUCUUGUUGAUAAACAAAAUAUUUGUUCACUUGAGCUCACCGUCAAGGCAAGCAAGACAAAUGGCCUCCUGUAAGAGUGAUUGCUUUGUAUACUGGGUAUUAAACAUCUUUACUGUGGAUAGUAAUUAUUUAAAAACAAAAGCUUAUUUUACUAACUUGCUCAAGCUUGAGGUACAAAUGAAAUUUAGAUAUAUUCAGAGUUCUUAUAUAUUCCCCUAAAACGGAGUGUUUUUAAUAUAAAAUUAGGAAGAUAUGACUAAUCUCUACCAGAGCAAGAUUAUUAUUUUUUAUUAUUGUUUUAUACAGGGGAUAUUUAAUUUGCGAUAUUACAAAAUAAAUAUAAUUUGUUUUUCGUUUUUAUACAGCAGAUUUAUUUUAUGAUUCAGUUUCCUGUUUGUUAGCAAAAAUAUUCUAAAAAGAAAAAAAAAAAGUAGCACAUUUCCUAAUUUUUGUUACCGAACACGAAACUGAUAUAUUGUUCUAAUCUGUAGAAAACAAAUU